CAACAACAGGAGCGCUCAUCAAUCGACUCAAACCUACUAUCGCCCUUCCUAUCUCGAGUCAACAGUGACUCUCUCUCCCCUGCGAACCCCUCAGAGACACCUGCCGGAUCCUCGACACUGAGCCUCUACCAAUCCAGUGACUACAGCGACUUGGACGACGACCCUUUCUUCGGCGCCAACUUUACCAAUCCCGAGGUCGGCACGCCAUCCUUUUUGGACGACCACAGCGUAUGGGACCUCUCACUAAACAACACCCCAGCAGUUGAGCCUCAACAAGAGCAUAAUGCCAACGACGAUAAUUAUCAUCCUCUAACCCCGGAUCAAACUGCCUCCGUCCACACAUUAUCACCACGAAGCGAGGAGAGAACCGCUCUCACGCGACCAGAUCAACACCAGUUACCCAGCUCCAUCUCACCGCAGGAGCUUCAGAUGCCCUUCAAGCCUAAUCCCCUUGUCAUCCCAGCACCCCAGUUGACGCCGAGCCAGACGGACAGCACACAGUCUAGUGAGGACGGAUUAGCACCUGCUCCCGUCGAUAUGAGAUGUCAGAGUCCUCGCGUCACCAUCUCCGUAUGGGACAAAGAUAGCAGUGGCCCUGUUCAUACCGUUGAGCGUUCUCUUGAAGAUAGUCCGUCGACGGUACGAGGGGGCCUCGAGUCUGCCGGAGACUUGAUUACAUCAUCCACCAACUAUGGCCAAGGCAAACCUGUUGCUAGAGAUUCCACGGGUCAAUGGCGGCGCGACCCUGCCACUGGCCUUGGUGGUCUGGAUCCAAAAAGGCGACCUGGGGAGGCAAUCGCGAGCAUAAACGAGAUUAUGAGCCGUCAAGAGAUUGAGGAGAAAAAUGGCGAGGUCAACAAAUGGCUUACCGGUAAUCUCAACGAGAUUGUUCCUCCAGACACGUCGUCUCCCGAGGAUAUCAGCUCCGCAGAAGAGCAAAGUCGCAACAGCAAUGACAGCAUUCCUCUUGGGGACCAAACUGAGAACAAAUACAUCCCUGGCCAAACUUAUUACGCUCCCAACGGUGCUGGUCAGUUGGCCGACGAGGAUUACGACAUCAUCUAUGCUAAUCGCAAUUGGGCCGAUGCCCCCAUUCUUCCCUCCAUCAGAAACAGUGGAGAGAGCCGGCAUCAACCUCAGAGCUCACAAGCCGCCAUUGAGCGCUUCGAGAGGAUGUGCCGUGAUAAUGACUCCAUCAUCUCUCGAGCGGCAACCUGGGGUACUCGCCGACGCAGCUUACCCAGCGUGGCCGACGUUGAUAUCGAGGGCAUCACGAGCGGCAAUUUCUUGAAGAAGCUCUCCAUUAGUCGAAGCGGUGAUAGAAGCAACAAACCUGGCAACCUUCUGAAGGAACUUUCAAAUCUUGUCCGGCGUCCCAGCGGUUCACAUGCGCGUAAGCGCUCCCGUAGCGGACAGCGCGAAGCUCCAAAUGAACAGACAGAGCAACCACCAACUCACAAUAAACGUGAUAGCCUGCCGCACUUGUCUCCCAUGUCACGAACACCCAGCUGGGGGAAGAAGCACCAGACUCCCAGUAUUAACACCGCUUUAGUGUCCAUGGGCCAAAACCUUGGUUCCAUCGGCACUACACAUUCGCGCGCAGGAUCUAUUAGUACCAUUUCUCCGCCUCCCAAAAGUUCCUUUCCCAGCCUCAGUGUGAAAGGCUCUCUGAGACGGCCGCGAAGCAAGUCAGACUUGCCCAAGCCAUCUGCUGCCGCCAAUCGCAGCAGCAUCGAUAAUGGUCACUCCAGCCUCGCUGAUAUGUGGAGGAAAUCUGGUGGACCGCCUGUAGCGGCUCUCAGGCAAGCCGCUGCCCCUGUCGAACCAGACGACGACGACGACGACGAUGACGAUUUUUACGAAGAUAACGACAUGAAGAUGAACCCCAAUAUCAUUGACGACAUCGCUCCAAACUUGGCUGGCUUCCAACAACACAUUCAGACCCUGAACCAAGCACUGCCCCCUGCGCAUAGCUACCUUGUAGAUCGCAUUGCCCACCAGCAGAUUAUUAGGUACAAGCAGCUACUUAGCAACAAAGUCAAACACCUUGGUCUUGGGGCCAACUGCCCUUGCGGCUCGCUGUGCUUGGCACUGGGCGGUUCAGCGAACCUGCUGAGUUCACGGGGAGGAGAUAAUGGCAAUGGCAAGGGAUUAGACGCCUUACCAACGCACUAUGACGACGACGACGACGAUGUCACGCCGACUGAAGGCGCCAUUAACCAGGAGAGCUUCCCAACCGAUAUACCUAUGCCGCCAACACAGCACUUGCCGGCGGAGUUUGAAUGCCAACUGUGUUACCAGAAGAAGAAGUUCCACAAGCCAUCUGACUGGACCAAGCAUGUGCAUGAGGAUGUGCAGCCUUUCACAUGCACGUGGGAUAAAUGCCGGGAUCCCAAGAUCUUUAAGCGCAAGGCCGACUGGGUCCGCCAUGAAAACGAGGGCCACCGCCAUUUAGAGUGGUGGACAUGCGACGUUGAAGAUUGCCGGCACACAUGCUAUCGCCGCGAUAAUUUCUUACAGCACCUCGUUCGUGAGCACAAGUUCCAGGAACCCAAAGUGAAGACCAAGGCGGCAAUGAAAAAGGUUGGUGCAGUCGAUCCAACCUGGCAAAAGGUUGAGCAGUGCCACAUAGAAACGAACAAACAGCCGCAUGAAGAACCGUGCCGGUUUUGCGGCAAGGUAUUCCCGACAUGGAAGAAGUUGACUGUUCACCUGGCCAAGCAUAUGGAGCAAAUCUCGCUUCCUGUGCUGCGCUUGGUAGCGGCCAAAGCAAAAGAACUGGCAGCGGAUACCAUCAUCAGCCCGGUCCAGGACCCUCCUCCGCGGCACGAAAUUCCACUCCUACCAGAUCCAAAUUCGCCUGCAAUGCGAUAUCCAAACAAUGGCCAACAGCAGCAGCUUUCCACAGCGUCGCCAAUGCUGCCGCCGCCGCCACAGCAGCAACAGCCGUCGAUGCCGUAUCCUCCCCAGGCCCAAAACCAAUUCAUGUAUUCUCAGGUGAUGAAUCCUGGCCAAUUCCACUCGUCUUUCUAUCCUCAGUUUGACAACAUGGGCCAAAAUCUACACCAAACUCAGUCCAUGGCCGCUAGCCCGCUAGUUCAUGGGUUCGACCCCGGCCGGCGGGCUCAGGACCUGCCCGUCACCUCGGCUCCGUAUGGGCAGGGGUCGAAUCCCUAUACCGCCAUGGCAAUCCAAAAUGAGGUGGAGCCAUUCCCACCCCUGAACGCAUUGGGUUUGCAGAAC